AUGGAUAUUUUUAGUAAUAACAAAGCAAUAAAGCUAAAGGACCAACUAGUUCAAGGCCACGAGUGGACCACUAAGCUUCAGCAAAUCAUCUCUCAAACCGGGUCGGGUCUGGGUUUAGCGGAGGAUCUGGCGGCUAAAAUCUUAGGGUCUUUCAAUGACGUAAUCUCUUCUCUUGAAUCUUUGGAACCCAUCUCCUCCUCCUCUCUCGUCACCGCCGUUGAAGGCUCCCAAAAUGCUUCUUGCGACAACGACGGCAAGUUUGAGGAUUCCGGCGAUAGUCGGAAAAGAUUGGGACCCGUUAAGGGUAAAAGAGGAUGCUACAAGAGAAAGAAAAAAUCGGAUCAGACGUGGACUGAAGAGUCGAAUGUUCUUGAGGACACAUUUUCUUGGAGGAAAUAUGGACAAAAGGAGAUUCUCAAUACCAAAUUCCCAAGAAGUUACUUUAGGUGCACACACAAAUACAGUCAAGGGUGCAAGGCAACAAAGCAAGUCCAGAAGCUAGAGCUAGAUCCAAGGAUGUUCAGCAUCACAUACAUCGGAAACCACACGUGUAACACCAACGAAAUAACACCCGCCAAGAUCAUCAAGCCUUGUGUUCCAUCUCAUCAGGAUGAGAUCAUCAUGGAUUCUGAAGAGCUUAAGAGUCCUAGUUUGGCGACCUCGAUGAAGGUAGAGGAAGAGAAUCAUCAUGGCUCGUCUACGGAGUGUGACUUGCAAUUGGUGUGGCCAGACAUGUUGGUGGGUGAAGAGGAUAACCAACAUCAUCAUUAUGAGGAGAUUUACGGCUGCUAUGAAACUAGUGCACCUAUAGAUGUUUUGGAUUCUCCGGAUCUUUGGAGUUGGCAGCGUUAUCCGUUCCAGCAACAAUAA